ACGAUGCUAAUCGGUGACAUGGUGACAACUAAGAAAAACAGUCACAUUUUAUGUCCCUUCAAUCUCGUGAGAUCCACUUUGGUUUGAUAAUUUACAAAACACGAUAGAAACAUAUAUGUUGAUGUAAGCAAACGUUUAGACGUAUGAUCAUGCCGAUAAAAUUAUCCCUUUCACAAGCUUUUGCAUCUGGAUAGUUCCUGCUGGAAGUAUUAAAUCAACAUUCUUAACAAUACCAUGUUAUUUCUGUUAUACCGUUGGCAGUGCAUAUGGCCGUUAUUUCUUAUGUGCGGCCCAAAAUUCCGCGCCUAGAAAAUCUGAACUGCUGCUGACCUAAUCCGAUCUUAUCUGUGACCAUACAAGGCGGGUAUGGACCAUGGGUAAGGGUCUCUCAGUCGGGCGAAUGUCGCUGCAUUUCGCUUUUGUCUGGUCGCCCCACGACGCUGACCUUUUCAUACAGCACAUUGCUGCCCUCCAUGCCGUCAGUGACGUAAUACAUCGCGGAAUAACCUUUCUUUGGGAUGAAUAUCGCUACCACUGUUAUGCCUAUUUUGCCUGCCUGCUAGCAUACAUACUGCCCUGGAUGGGCGCUAAGGUCACUCAGAUGGGGUGCUUUAUAAUGAGCUUUGAGACGAUGCAGUAUGUGUGCGGGACGAGUGCGUUAUACGGCGUGGCACUCGCGCUUGUCUUCUGUAAACCGAUGACUCGUUUUCUCCUCACGCUGAUCCGCAAUACCGCACUUCAAUAUCUGGAAACAUGUCAACUGAAUACUGACGCCGACGUAGAUUCUUCGAGUAAUAGCCCUUUUGUUUGUGAAGACGAGGAUCUCCUUAAAGAUUUACAUGAACAACCACAGGGUGACCAUUUGUUAGAGUUCUCUCAACAGGAGCCAAAUAUUACCCCAAGUAGCACCGAUGCGGAGAGCCGCUGUGUUGGAGAUUUAAUUCUGCUACAUGAUCCAGAAUGUGCAGUCAUCGGAGACCUUCCGCGACAUUGUUACCUAUCGGGUUCCGGUUUUGUUGCCCUUCUAGAGGUGCCAGAAACCGAAUCAUCGCCGGUUACGUCUAGCCCCGUUCACAUAAAGCACUGCAGGAGUGGCAGACCGCUGGUGCCGUCGGCGGUGGGAUCGUUUCCCUGCAUCCAAUGUACGCCUGGGAAACCGGUACCGCCUCGGCAUAACACACUUCCAGUAUCCAGAAAUCGCCGCAGUCACUUCCGAUCCAUCACUACAGAAACAGGUGAUCGCUCCACCUGGGUGACCUUCGAUCAUGCCGACGGCGGACCGGAUACGUCGCAUACUUCAGGCAUACACGGCAGACUGCUGGAUACUGCGGAGAAAUCUUCGGUGACCUAUGUCCGGUACAAAACGCUAAGUCUCGGCAGUUCCAACGUGUCGCUGGCGUCGGUGUUGACACAGGCCAAGCGGUUGCUCGACUCCAGUUACUCUAAACUGGAUUCAAGCAUGGAAGAUGAUGUCAAGGAAGACGUAAUUCAGGAGGCAGACGAAGUAUUAGAGCCGCUGAAUUUCUGUACCACUGAGUUACAGGAGAAGAGCUGGCUGGAACUGUUCGGCAUACGCGAAGGCCUACACUGGCGACUCUGCAACGUUCACUUGCUGCGGGACUAUUUGGAUGUACACAUACUCAGUAAAGAGGGCCAGCUCAAGAGGAUUCUGCAUUACCCAACCAGGACGCUGCGCCUGGAUGCCGGUGCGUCCCUCAAGUGCGGUAGUCGGCGCAGCGCGGGACGUCGACUGCGGCUGCACAGUGCCGGUCAGCCUGCCAUCCGUCUGCGCGCCUUCACACACGUCCACAAGCUGGAUCUGAAGCGCUGUCUGGAUCAAGCCGUCCGGCGCGCCAAAUUAUGCACAGGAAUUUAAUGUUUCAUUUGAUACCGUAAUUUUAAUGUUGUUAAAUUUAGUAUUACUAAUUUGCGGUGACGAUUCCAAAUUGCAGCCCAAACUGGGACAGCUAAAUGAAGAUAUACAAAAUGAACUGUGGCAAGACUUGUGCGAUCGGCACUUGCUUCGCUAACGAGCCCACUCGACAACGGCUGACUAAAGUUACUGACGUCGACGGCGUCCUGCUUCCUCUCCAGUAUGCGCAUUUGGCUGCUUAUCAGAUGCUGGGCGCAA